AUGAGUGGAACAGCCAAGUCAAAGCGAGGAUACGGUCAUCCUCAUCACUUAUUCAAGUUGCCAACGAUGACCGACGCAGUCACCCACAAGGAUUUGACCGAUGAUAAGUUGGAGACGACACAACCACCGGCCGCCCAAGAGGAACUCGGCAACGCAUUGACUAGAUACAUUGUCAAUAAAUGCGAAAAAUUGCGAGAAAAUCCGGUUUACAAGAUAUUGUUCUUCGCUCAAUCCGCACACAUGAUAAUGGCGUUGGCUGUUGUCUUGGUCACCGUGUUGGUGUUUCCCAGCGAAUCAAAGAUGUCAUCGAGGCAAGCCGAACGAAUUAAACUUAGUAAAUUGGUGAACAUUGUGCAUUUGGCAGCAUUCAGCACGCACUUUGGCAUACAUAUUUGGAUGACAUUCAUUUCCGGAGUGUGCUUGUAUUAUAAAUUAUCUAGACAUGCUUUUGGAGACGUCCAAAAGAUAUUGUUUCCCAAAUAUUAUUCUACGAGCAGUCUACUAAACGCGAUAACGCUUAUUCAGUUUAGUAAGAUAUGCGUCGCUAAUAAUGUAUGGGACAUACACACGUUUUUACAGUUGUAUGUAAUGAGUUUAUGUUUCCUGAUGGAACUUGGCAUUCGUCUAUAUGUGGUGCCGCCAAUGUUGCGACUUAUAUCCGCUAAGACGGCCAUAGAGAAGUCGGCGGGCAUCGGCAAUGAAGUGGGCCGCCAAGACCUGGGGCCGUUGGUCAACUGCCCCCAUUACAUGGCUAUCCAUCGGACUUUUCGAAAGGUGCAUAUGGUCAUGGCGGUGUGUAAUAUUAUCACUAUGAUGUGUAAUGUAUUUCAUCUAGUGUAUAUCGCAACCUAAGUUACAUCGCCAUAACCACAACUACCUCAG